AUGGACAAAGGGAAUAAGCCAUCUGUAUCGAUCAAUCUAUCUGAUAAGGAAUUGGAGGUUCUAGAUCGAGAAUGUCGUUUUAAUACCUAUGGUGUGUCUGUUAGUGCACCACCUGGAGCUGUACGACCACGCUUAUUACAUAAAACACUUUGGCAUAAUUCGACUGAACAUGAGAAAACAUUUACAGCUGUCUAUCGUCCGAGUAAAUUUAUGGACAUAGAGGAUGAAAGUGAUAAUGAUGAUGAACGAGAUGCAGCGGCAACUGCUGCUGCUGAUAAUAAAAUUAGUUUGCAAACGACUCUCGUUGAUCAACGCGAACAAGAGAUUAGGACGCUUGAACCUUUCGUAUAUCAACAACCUUCAGGCGAUGAUGUGGCUAAAUGUAUUCUAAAUGAGCUACUCCUCCAAAUGGACGAUAACAAUACGACUCUAACGACAACAAUGGAUGUCAAUGAUGUUGUUAAGGAGAGAGAUCCUCCAUCACCGAUCAAUAGUCAACAGUCAAUUCUUUCCAUCGUCAAUGAACCACAUCGAGUUUUAGACUCGCAACUUCCAUCCGCAAUUUACGGCCAUCUAGAUCGUCAAAGUAUUUCGAGCGAAAGUAACUUUAAUUUAACAACUGCACCGGAUCAAUCUCAAGAUCGAUUUCGUGCAAAGUCCUACGCGAUCAUGGCAUGCACAAAUGUGUCUAAGGAAGACGUUAAAAACUACAUUCUCGAACAAUUUGGUCAAAAUAAAGUUGAAUACAUUUGCGUCGUCGAAGAUCAUAGUCAACCUGACGGACAACGAUGGCUCUUUAUACAGGUCAUUUUUAGGGAAAGAAUUGAUCGACGGAAGCCAUUUUUAAAAGACUUAAUCGGGGACAUAUGUAACUACAAUGUCACAAAUAGUGAUCUAGCUUGGAAUGAGUAUAUCAAACGAACUGAGAGUACACCUUGUGAAUAUCAAACCUUCAAAUCAUUGAAACCGCUAACUAAAAAAGAAUCUGAUUCGUUAGAAGCAUCAACACUGCUGACAAGCACAUCCGCACAUCCUAAUCCGCUAACGAUACUCGAUGAUCAACGACAAUCAUCAUCGGUCGAACAGAAAAGAACCGCACCCAAACGAUCCCUUGCUGUUGACAAUCAAUCGGAAAAGAAACGUAAAAUAAAUGAUGAUAUCGCUCGAAACGCACUUGCGCUUGCAGAGGACAGUGUAGAGAAGGCGAUGAAUUACAUACAACACCAAUUGCCAGCUGAAUUCAUGCGAAAUCCUCAAUGGUAUGAAAAUACGUUCAAAUAUGUUCAUUUGCGAGCCGAAGAGAAAGCCGAUCUUGCAGGUGCAAUCGACAAGGAAUAUGUCUGGCCAGAUUCGUUUCCCAACUGUACGCCUAAACUACAAUCAACACUAUUUAUAGGGGACACAAUCGACCGAUGGAUUAAACAUCAUUUUUUUCGUGCGAAACGUGCCAAAUGUCUUGUUCUGGUCGGACCAACUGGCGUGGGCAAAACAUCAUUCGCUUUCUCGCUUCCAGGCCGUGUGAAUUAUUUCAAGGGACAGUGGAAUCUUGACACGUGGAGUGAUUAUGCUCGCUAUUCGAUUUAUGAUGAUAUUCCUUGGGAUGAAUUCAAACAAAAAAAUUUUCCAGAAAAGAAAGAUCUUCUUACACAAAAUGGCUUCUUAGAAACUGCUUCUAAAUAUCGGAAGGUUACAACUAUCAAUGUUCGACAACCAUCGAUUGUGCUCAUGAAUCCCGAGAACGCCGGUACAUUAUUAGCAAAACCAAAGAAUCAAGUAGAACAACAACUGGCGGCUUAUUGGGAAAAACGAGCUACCGUCUAUGUCUUAGGACCGGACGAAUAUUUUUACAAACCACAUCUUCAUGCCCCGGAUAGCGCAACGACGACGUCAACAAUGAGUCCAAAUGAACUUCGCAUCGGCGGACCUGAAGAAUUUAGUAAAAUGCACGAACGCUACUAUGAGAAGAAAGCUACUACGUAA